GUCGAUAUUGUGGAAUUUAUCAAACAAGAAGCUUUAACCUGCCAAACCCGUCAAACCAACAGAUAGAUAUUUAACUUAUUUACUCUGCGUGUAAAGCCAGUUGUGUUUGAUUAAGGAAAAGAGAGUUUCUUUGUGUGUUGUGCUUGCGGAAGGCUGCUAGUUGAGGCAGCUCUUUGUGUCGACAUGGUUUGUUGUUGUUGAGAGGCUCUCCGCUCACCCUGAUCUGGCACAUCUGCGCUUCAGAGACUAAACCGAGUGUCUGGAGUUUAAAAAGUAGAAUCAGGACAAUCACAACAGCGAGGUGUCGGAGAGGUAAUGGGCAACUGUCUGAAAUCCCCUACUUCAGAUGACAUCUCUUUGCUUCAUGAGUCGCAGUCAGACAGAGCCAGCUUUGGGGAUGGCACCGAUCCGGAUCAGGAACCUCCACCACCUUACCAGGAGCAGAUUCAUGUGCCCGUGUACCACCCCACUCCAAGUCAGACUCGGUUGGCAACCCAGUUGACAGAGGAAGAACAAAUUCGCAUUGCCCAGAGGAUUGGUCUCAUUCAACAUCUUCCAAAGGGAGUGUUUGACCCAGGCUGUGAUGGCACUGAGAAGAAAAUACGAGAGUGUGUGAUUUGCAUGCUGGAUUUUGUAUACGGAGAUCCAAUCCGGUUCCUGCCCUGCAUGCACAUCUACCACAUGGACUGUAUCGAUGACUGGCUGAUGCGAUCCUUUACCUGCCCCUCCUGUAUGGAACCUGUGGAUGCUGCACUGCUCUCCUCCUACGAAACCAACUGAACUUAAGCCUCUUAUCUUCACUCUGUACAUACACCGACACACAUAAAACACUCAUUAUAUAAAGUACACAUAAGCAGACACAAAGCCCAAGACCUGCCCAUAAUUUUUUAAUUCGUCCAUUAAACAGUGGGCAGGUUGGAGCUUGACACAUUAAAAUACUGGGGAAAAUGAAAGCAGAAAAUGCUCUGCUGGGUUGUCCUGCUGGACAGGGGAACCUGCAGCUGUUCGAGUAACUGUUUCUAACAUCAUGACAUCCCAGACUUACACCAUUUUGCUGUGGCACCUAUUGCACUGGAAGGCAUCAACUAGUAGAAAAGCAGAAAAGAUUGAAAGGGGACAAUGCAAUUAGUCUUUGCCCCUUUCACUGUGUGUAAUACAGUGAGGAGUGGGGUGCGUUUUCCUUUUCCUCUUGUUUUCUUCCUCUUGUUUCUUUAAGGGCUUGUCUUAAUUUGAGCAGAAAAAAAAGACUGAAAUGAUGAAACAUCUUGCACACAUAAAAAAAAUCUUGAUAUUUGCACUUUUCCUAGACGUUUUCCCUGUACAUCUAGGGUCGUGUGUAACGCCUACAACUCAUUCCAUUUCGCUCACAGCCUCCAACUGUCCCUUAAGUUUGCUACUACUAUAUUCACAUGCUUUAGGAAAAGUUGGGAAGUCUAACCCUCUCAUUGUUAGUCAUGACCAAUAUACCUGAAUGUCAGUUUAAGUAACAAGUGGUGCUUUUUAUUCAUUUUGGGCACAUAUGGUGCAGUUGGUGCAGGUCAUGUAACUAGACAGUGAAAGGCCUUGUGCUCUAGCACAGUGGGUCUGAAAUGAAACUGACAGUGCAGGCUGUAUAAUACCAUUUAUAUGAAUACACAUUUAUUUAAAGUGAAUAAUACAGCUUCUACACACCUUCUGUUGUUUUAAAAUGUUUCCAACCAGCUAGCUGGAGACCAGUAGAAGACCAUGAUUUAAUUGGUACUGGUCUUCACUGCAUGGCGGUAUGAUCAUUAAUCUUCCUGAGUGAGAGGGGAGAAGUGAAACUAGUGUUUUAGAAAUACUUUAGUAACUCUAUUGACUGUCCAUAUGUUGGACGGCCCUCUGUGAGCAUCCACUGCUGGCUGGUGCAAAAACAGUGGCCGGCAACUACAUCGGAGUCUGUUGGAGAGUGCAUGCGCUGCUCUGUGGCUCACGUCUGCCAGCGUGAGGUGUAAUCUGGAAAUGGAAACAGCUAGAUUUUGAAAACAAGUGAGGAACUCUAAUAUACUCUAAAUAUAGGUUGAAGUUGGUUAGUUAGCCAGUUACGCUUGCCAGUUGCCAAGCUCACGCUUUACGCCUGGUGAUUUGUAACUGUAACAAGGCACAGUAACAUUGUGCCCAGCAGCUGCUACAAUGCUUUCCUUUACAGCACAGCUUUCUUUAUUUUAGAUUUGCCAAUGUACAAAGUACUUCCCCAGCCCAUCCCAAGCUGCUUUGCUAUAAUUAAUUCGAUUCGACUUUAUGGAAAUAGAAGAAUGAAGGCAGACGUACAUGACAGAACAUUAGCAGUAUCUGUUGGUCAGAUAAUUUAUGAUUUACUGUAUGUGUUAAUUAUUGAAAUUAUAUUCAUUUUAUUCGAUCCCCCUAAAUAUAAGGAUGUAUAAAGGGCUGUAAUUUCUGUAUCAUUUAAAAUAUGGACUUAAAAAAAGCUGUCAUUUUAUUUUUUCACCACUUAGUCGUUUUCAUUUCACAACCCCUGACAAGGUGCUGGACUACAAAACCAACUUAACAAAACCUUAAACACUUUACAGUUACUUAUAGACUGAAAUCUACACCUACAUGAGGUCUUACAUUAUGUGAAAGAACACAUGCUUCUAGAUGCGCUGGUGGAUAAACUUGAGAUGUGAUCUGUGAGUGUGAUUGGAGAGUAAGAAAAUUCUCAUUUUAAAGGCACUGUAGCCAAUGUAGUGCUGCCAGAUUAUCACUUAAUCAGUUCUUUAGGUUUAAGACUUGUAUUUUUUACUUUUGUUUGUAUUUUAUUCUCCUGUUGUGCUAGUCUGUCACCAGAAUCAAAUGAUUAUGAUUUAUUUAAAUGCAAGAUCAGUGGAGUAAUAAAAUGCACAGCUGUUGGAACACCAGCAGUCCUGUUUUUGCUAUUUUUUUUGCAUUAUUGCUUGUUAGAAAUAUGUUGUAUUUAUUAGAAAUAAAGUAAAGAUGUGUAAAGAUUCUUUGAGGUGCAAUGAACACUCGUGUUAAAGGUAACAUCUGGGGAUUUACUGUGUGUAAUACACACUUUCAUUUAUUAUUGCUUACAUAUACAGUUGCAAUUGGGAAAUUCAAACCCCCCCUCCUGCUGAGCUUGAUUUGCUUUAAAUGAAGUCUUUUUUCAGCAAAGACUGAAACAGCAAAUGAACAAAUAAAAUAAAUGAGGUAGUGUUUAGGUAAUUAUGCCAAGUAACGGUUAUUCAACUCUUCAAGAGCCAAGAGUUAAGCUGUGUUGCAAUCAUGGUGAAACUAAGGAUAUGUCACAAAAGUUAGGAGAGGAGAUCAUUUCAUUGCAUCAAUAAAAUAAGACUUUGAACAUUCCCAGAGGCACAAUUGGAUGUAUUGUCCAGAAGUUUUAAACUUAUGGUGCAGCAACAAACCUGUCUGGCCAUAAGAGAAAGCCCAAAGGCUUUAGCAGUUUCAUCAAGACAAUUAAGACAACCCCCUGUGUACCUGCAAAAGAUUUACUGGAUGACCUGAUAAAGGCUGGGACAAAUAUGUCAGCGCGAACCAUGAGAAGGUCACUUAACAACCACGGAUGUCAUGGCUGGACUCCAGAACGCAUGUCAAUCUUGACGAAGAAGCACAAAAGGGCUGACUGAAAUACAGCAGAGGGAAUUUGGAUAGGACUGUAGACUUAAUGGGACACAGGUCUAUAGCAAGACAACAAUCCCAAACACACUUCCAAGGCAAGCGAAGUUUGGUUAAGAAAUCAGUCCUGGAAUAUCCUGGAGUGGCCUUCUCUUCUUUAGAUUUAAAUCCCAUAGAAAAUAUUUGGUGGGAUUUAAAGAAAACGGUUGCAACAUACAAGGCAUCAAACCUCAAUGAGCUGGAGGAAGCACAACAAGAAUGGAUAAACAGUCCACAAAAGAGCUGUCAGAAGCUUGUUAGCACUAAAAUGUACCAAAGUGUAUCAGAAGUUUCACCAAGUAGUGACACUGGGAAUUGAAUAAUAUUGCACAUGAUCAUUUAUCAAUAUCACUUUAACUCAAAAUUAUAUUAUCAAAAUGCCUUAUUUGUAUCAAUAAAUAUUUUUGCCAUUUACUGAGACGACCUCUUUUCUAUUUUUAUUCAAUUCUGCACAUAUGACUAUAGUACCCUUUGGGGGGGUUGGGGGGAAUUUUUCAGAUUGCAACUGUACACCAUAGUGACUCAAUACAAAUAAGUUACCACAUCAUUAACCAUGUGUCACUUUCAUUUAGUUUCUGUUGCUUUGUUGUUUGCGUAACUGUCUUUAUGUUAAAUCAUAUACAAUUAUAAUUAUGUUCUUAUUGUACAUGUACAUAUGCUUUAUGAAUUUUUAUUGUUUUAAUCAACCUUAUUGGAAGGUUAUUAAGUAUCAUGUAUCUGCUGAUUACAGUCAGUUUAAACCAGUGGCUCAACUCUAGCUCAAACAGCAGCAGAAAGCACUUAUUUCUUAAUACAGAUACUGUACUGUGUUAUAUAUUAGAUGUGUUAUAACCUUUGCAGAAUUAAAGCAGUGCAAAGGUGAAUUGACAUCUGAGUUAUACGGGCAGGCAUGAGCUAAAACUAAUUAUCAAAAUGUCCCUUGAUAUACUUUGUAAAAUCCUUAGUUUGAUCAAAUUCUAUUCCCUUGUGUAUUGUAAUUACAUGGUAGUAUAACGCAUGACUAAAGUGAAGGAAGUCAAAACCUGUUUCUCUGCUUGAGAUAGAGUUGUUCUCUCAUCCUGUUACCAAACCUUAUCCCCAAACAUGUAACCAGAAUAAACAGAUGUGGCUGCUAUUAAAGGUUUUUAGUUUUACCA